UGCCACCGCCCCCAGCUCCCCCGCUGCGGGGAGGGCUCCAGGUCACUGCAUCCAGAGGGGCCCAGAAGGAGGAGGCAUUGCCUCCACUGCAGCAACUGCACCCACAUGCAGAGUAUCAAGUGUGUGGUGGUGGGCGAUGGGGCGGUGGGGAAGACGUGCCUGCUCAUCUGCUACACGACUAACGCCUUCCCCAAGGAGUACAUCCCCACAGUGUUCGACAAUUACAGUGCCCAGAGUGCAGUGGAUGGGCGCACAGUGAACCUGAACCUGUGGGACACAGAGGGCCAGGAGGAGUACGACCGCCUCCGCACACUCUCCUACCCUCAGACCAACGUCUUUGUCAUCUGUUUCUCCAUUGCAAGUCCGCCCUCCUGUGAAAAUGUGAGGCACAAGUGGCACCCAGAGGUGUGCCACCACUGCCCUGAUGUGCCCAUCCUCCUGGUGGGCACCAAGAAGGACCUGAGAGCCCAGCCUGACACCCUACGGCGCCUCAAGGAGCAGGGCCAGGCGCCCAUCACACCGCAGCAGGGCCAGGCACUGGCCAAGCAGAUCCAUGCUGUGCGCUACCUCGAGUGCUCGGCCCUGCAGCAGGACGGCAUCAAGGAAGUGUUUGCUGAGGCUGUCCGGGCUGUGCUCAACCCCACACCGAUCAAGCGUGGGCGGUCCUGCAUCCUCUUGUGACCCUGGCACUCAGCUUGGAGGCUGCCCCUGCCCCCCCACCAGUUGUGCCUUGGCGCCUUGUCUGCCCCCAGCUGUGCCUUAAGGACUAAUUCUGGCACCCCUUGCCAGGGGGCUCCCUGAAUGCCUAUUUCUCCUUAAGGAGGCCCACAGGGAAAGGGGCUUUGGGCCCUGCCCCAAUCUGCUUGGGAAUUCCAGGUAUUCUUGAGAGCUCACCCAGGCCAAGGUUGGAUCCCUCCCUAAGAAGCCAACCCAGUGCCGCCUCCCCAUUUUCCCCUACUGACCAGUUGAUCCAGCUUUCCACACAGAUGUUGCUGCCUACUGUGGUGCCUUCCCUCAGGUUAGGGGCUCUCAGCUGUCCCUAACCUCUCCCUUGCUGCUCUUCGAAUUGCUCCCCCCUCAAGAUGCUCUCUCUUCCUCAAAGUAAUCACAGAAUUCUGAGAAGAUGAAUGUGCCCUAACUUGCCCCCAUAUGCCCAGGCCUUAUGCAUUGCUGACUGAUUCAGCCCCCCACCCCACCCCCUGGGCUCCUACCCCCAUCAGCAUCAAUAAAACCU